CACGGCGCAGGGACCCGGCGGGCUGCUGGGGCCUCGGCGGCGCCCGCCUCUACUCCCUCCCUUCAGGCCCUCCGCGCCGGCCGGCGCCGCCUCCCGGGAAGAUGGCGCUGCACUUCCAGAGUUUGGCCGAAUUGGAAGUGUUAUGUACUCAUCUCUACAUAGGGACUGAUCUUACACAAAGAAUAGAGGCUGAGAAAGCACUCUUGGAACUUAUUGACAGCCCAGAAUGUCUCAGCAAGUGUCAACUUUUAUUAGAACAAGGAACAACAUCCUAUGCUCAGCUCCUUGCAGCAACAUGUCUUUCAAAACUUGUCAACCGAGUCAGUCCUUUACCUAUUGAACAGAGGAUAGAUAUCAGAAACUACAUUCUGAAUUAUGUGGCAUCACAACCCAAGCUUGCUCCCUUUGUCAUCCAAGCUCUUAUUCAAGUCAUUGCCAAAAUCACUAAAUUGGGUUGGUUUGAGGUUCAGAAAGACCAGUUUGUCUUCAGAGAAAUUAUUGCUGAUGUGAAGAAGUUUCUUCAGGGUACUGUGGAACACUGCAUAAUAGGAGUAAUGAUCCUUUCUGAAUUGACUCAGGAAAUGAACCUGGUUGAUUAUUCUAGACCUUCAGCAAAACACAGGAAAAUAGCUACCUCAUUUCGUGACACUUCUCUUAAAGAUAUUUUAGUGCUAGCAUGCUCUCUUUUAAAAGAGGUGUUGGCCAAACCUUUAAAUCUUCAAGAUCAAUAUCAACAAAAUCUGGUAAUGCAAGUCUUAAAACUGGUCCUUAACUGCCUUAACUUUGACUUCAUUGGCAGUUCAGCAGAUGAAUCUGCAGAUGAUCUUUGUACAGUGCAGAUUCCAACAACUUGGAGAACAAUUUUCCUGGAACCAGAAACAUUGGAUCUUUUCUUCGAUUUGUAUCAUUCACUUCCACCACUGCUGUCUCAGUUAGCACUUUCAUGUUUAGUUCAAUUUGCUUCUACAAGAAGGUCCUUAUUUAGCAGUCCUGAACGUGCCAAGUACCUUGGUAAUUUAAUUAAGGGAGUAAAAAGAAUACUUGAAAACCCUCAGGGUUUGUCUGAUCCAGGUAAUUAUCAUGAAUUUUGUCGAUUUUUGGCUCGUUUAAAGACAAAUUAUCAGCUGGGAGAAUUAGUUAUGGUGAAGGAAUAUCCUGAAGUUAUCAGAUUGAUUGCUAAUUUUACCAUUACUAGCCUACAGCAUUGGGAAUUUGCUCCCAACAGUGUUCAUUAUUUAUUAACUCUGUGGCAAAGGAUGGUAGCAUCAGUUCCUUUUGUGAAAUCAGCUGAGCCCCACCUAUUAGACACUUAUGCACCAGAAAUCACGAAGGCCUUUAUCACUUCUCGGUUGGAAUCUGUUGCCAUAGUUGUGAGAGAUCAUUUAGAUGAUCCCCUGGAUGAUACUGCUACUGUGUUUCAGCAGCUGGAGCAGUUGUGCACUGUCAGCAGAUGUGAAUAUGAAAAGACAUGUACUCUUCUUGUACAGUUAUUUGACCAAAAUGCACAGAAUUACCAAAAACUUCUGCAUUCAGCUUCUGGAAUAACUGUGGACAUGGCAAUUCAAGAAGGACGUCUUGCAUGGCUAGUAUACUUAGUUGGGACAGUUGUAGGAGGAAGAUUAACAUAUAUCAGUACAGAUGAACAUGAUGCUAUGGAUGGAGAAUUAUCCUGUCGAGUUUUUCAGCUCAUAUCUUUAAUGGAUUCUGGAUUGCCUCAGUGUUCUAAUGAGAAGAUAGAGCUUGCCAUUUUGUGGUUCUUGGAUCAGUUUCGUAAAACAUAUGUUGGUGAUCAACUUCAAAGAACCUCAAAGGUUGUACGCCUGAGGAGCGAUGAAUCCAGAGUUCCAGAGAAGGCUUGGAAAAUAGUUAAGGUAUAUGCCCGUAUGUCAGAAGUCUUAGGAAUAACUGAUGACAACCACGUUCUAGAAACAUUCAUGACAAAAAUAGUGAACACUUCCCUUUUCUUGGCAUCAGUGACAGUUACAGUCUCAGUGACUUCAGGUGUCGAACAACCUUCUACACAGCUCUCACUCGCCUUCUGAUGGUAGAUCUAGGCGAAGAUGAGGACGAAUUUGAGAAUUUCAUGCUGCCUCUUACAGUUGCUUUUGAAACAGUAUUACAAAUAUUCAACAACAACUUUAAACAAGAAGAUGUAAAGGAACAAUAUUUC